GAAUCGGAGACUAGAAAAUAAGUUUAGUUUCUCUGAAGCCAGGAUCGGAGCAGUAGGAUUACUUCGGUGUGCAGAGUAAACACAGUUUUAAUAGAAUACCUAAUUAUUGGAUUAUUUAUCAAAAUACACAGAACAAUUUGUCUCCAGGGUGUGUGAGAAAUAGAGAGUGUGGGAUCGGAGCAUCUGGAGGUAUGACAAGAAGAUCUGAAAGUUUAGAAAGGGGAGGAGGAGGGGGAGGAGAAGGAGAGAACAAACCAACUAAAGCAGAAUUCCUUGUCAGCUUCUUGGUUGAUGCUCGGGGCGGAUCAAUGACUGGGAGUCGGAGUACAGGACUCAGGAUUGCAAUCCCACCUAGAGCUGCAGAACAGCCUGUCAGGGUCACAUGUCGUCAACUCAGAGUAGAAUCCGUCCUUCAUCCUCCUCCUCUCAGUGACGGAGAAGGUUUGGCAACCCGAAUCCUACAGCUUACUCCGGCAUCCUUUCUCUCUCCCGUCCUUGUGGAGAUUAAUCAUUCUACCCAGGAGUCAGCAGAACGUGAGGUUGUUAUAUUAAGAUGCGAUUCUGGAAAAAAAUGGAGUUUGCAUACAAACAUUAAACCUGAUAACUCACUAAACCAAUUCCUCAGCUCAAGUAUUAAUAAUGUGAGUAUUAACAAGAAACUGGAGCAGAAGAUCCAGAUUAUAACAAAUAGUUUACCUCAGUACUUUGCUCUAAUAUCCCGCCCUAGACACCAGACUUUCAACCUGGGUCCGGAAGGAGGCCUGGCAACUUCAAACCUUGCUCCGGGUUUACAAUGUUUCUUCCCUGCCAAGGCUCUUACCAAACCUGUCUGUAUCGGGAUCAGUGUUAGCGCUGCUCGUCCGUCCUUACUCUCCGAUCUAUCAGUUCAGGGCGGAGCUGUGUCUCCAGUUAUUACCAUCGAACCCAGGAGGAGGAAAUUUCACAAGGCGGUAACCGUCACUCUCCCAAUACCUCAACCUCUCCAGAUUGAGAAAACGGGAGAAGACAGAGGGCGAGCUCCCAUAGAAAUGUCGUUACUGCUGCUGUGCUCUAUGUCUGAUUGUGGUAGUAGAGCAGUCUGGGAGGAUGUAACCUUAUCUACCCCCCUCACCUACCAUCAAGGAACUGUACAAUUUAAUACUGUUGUAUCUGCUGCUUUCUGGCUGGUCAAUCUACCAACCUGGAUGGUAACAGACUCUAUCUCAAUGCUUGAUAAACUCUUCAGAUCUUUAUCCCGAGUUCCAUACCUGGCUCGGAUAUCCGUUUACUGGAGAGAAGAGGACGCACAUUUCUCCGAGGAUAGGACGGAUGGAGCGGAUGCAGAGCUUCGGGUCCUAGUUUCAACACAUGGAGAGAGAGUAAACGAUAACUGUCUGGAGAGCCAGGAAGGAUUUAAGCUGAUCACAACCAGUUCAGAUCUAAUUAUCAGGGAGAAAUCUGAGCUUGAGUUAAAGAUUAAAGGGAACCUUGGCAGGGUUUCUCAGAGCGGACGGAUCCUGUUCAAACCGUUCCGUGAGAACAGGUGCACUGUCGGAGUUAAGAAGAUCCAGAAUACAGCUCCUGCAGCUGCUACCCUAGAGGUUGGGACGGAGGAGGAUAUUCUUUUCUCCACUAAUAUUUUAAUACAGAUUAAGAAAACCUCAUGCUAGUUUCCAGACAUUAAUCACAUAAUCAAUAAUAUUGAAAAUAUUUAAAACUUAAAAUUGUUUCAAUCUCAUUAUAGAUAAAGAACUAAAGCUGAAGGGGGUUAUUAUAGCGUGUACAUUUUAACAUUAUUUAAAGGAUUAAUUAAUAUAAACCAUUUUUCUUCUAAAUCUUAGAUUUGCAUGGCGAGGCCUCUGCUAAUAAUAUAAUUUUCUAUAAAACUUAUUUUUAAAUUAAAUUUCAAGUUCUAAUUUUUUAUGAUUCAGUACACUCUCAUUGAUAAAAAUCGCCAACUCACGCUGAAUUAUCCGGAGAAAGAAGGACAAAUUUAUGCGAAAUUACUGUUACAACUUUGUGACCACGUAGCUCCUCUAGUUUUGAUUGUACGCACAAGCAAGAAUGUAAUGCAAGGAAAGUCAAU